AUGGAGGGCGCUUCUCUCGGCAGAGCUGCGUUGGUGGUCUUUGGGAUGUUCGUCCCGUACAUUUUUUCCGGUCUCGCGCAACGGCGUCUAUACGACAAACCGCUUCCCCCGUCUCCUCGGAGGUGCUCGGGAGCGUCUGUCUCUUCUCCCGCGGCUCCACCGCCCCCGUCUCUCGCUGCUUCAGACGACCUUUCCUACGCGGCGCCUCGAGAGGCCGAGGGCGACCAGGGCGCUCCCGGAGACGGGUGCAUGCUUCUGCUGUCCCCAGCGGCGCACCAGAAGGACGAGUCUUUUCGCUUCACGUUCACGGUGCUGGCGAUGAACUGCGCCACGUCAGCCGUGGUGGCCUUCCUGGCUCUUCUUCUCGUUCACCUCUGGGACUGGAACGGGGGGCGGGCUGGAGGCCAGCGUGAGGCGGAGGAAGGGGUGCACGCGACAGAUGAAAAGGCUUCCGAGACAGAAGGGAAUCGCGAACGCAUUUGGGCAGAAGACAACGAAGAACCUGCAGGAGGCAGCAUCCGCAAGGGAGAGAGCGAGAGAGCGCCGCGAGACGCCUUCCGAGGAUUCCAGAUGGCCAUCCUGUCUCGCGCGGCGUGGCGACAGGCAGUCCAGGAAGUCGGAACGCUCUGUCGAAGGUACCUUUGCUUUUCGCUCUCUUCUCUCCCGACGAGCGAGGGCGCGAGGCGCGUCGCGGCGCGGCUUCACCAAUCCCGUCGAGGGGAACCGGAGGCGCACCCAGUCACUCCCCAUUUUUUCCUCCGAAAAGACGGCGCCCCCGACCACGCUGCUUCCCGAUUCUCCCUCGCCUCGCUCGUGUCGCCCUGGAAGACGCUGUCUCGACUCGUCUCAUGCUGGCAUCCACGUGCCUUCAGCCUCUACAGUCUUCGCAGCGCCGGCCUAGGCAGACGCAGCCGCCCACCCCCGCGCUGCCUCGGGCAGGGAAGGGAUGAACAGGGAGAGGGAGAGGGAGAGAGCGAGACAGAACUCGAGGGCGUGGACGGUGUCAAGGGCGAGGCUCUGUCUUCGUGUGUCUGGCCGCCAAACUGGAAGCCGCGGAGGGAAGGAGACGCGGCGAUGGGGGCUUUCCCGUCGCCUUCUCCGCUUGUCAAACAGAGAGACGUGGGUGUCGCCUCCCAGAGAUAUCGCACGUCACGUCUCUUUCCCCCCACUGACAACGGACAGGGAAAAGAGGACAUUGCAGCGGGACAAGACUCGUCUAUCCGGCGUGAGCUGCUUCUCGUCUCUUUCUGCACGUUUGCUGCGAAGGCUGCGAGUUUCCACUCUCUCAUCGUCAUCGACUUCGCCACGCUCGCUGUCGCCAAAUGUGCCAAGCCGGUGGGAGUUUUGGUUUUGAGCGCCUUGCUCGGCCGCCGCGUGCGCCGCAGGGAACUCGUGAGUGUCCUCUGGCUGGCCGUGUGGGUCUACGUCUUCAACGCGUCGAGUGCGUCCGAAAAGAGGAAAGACGGAGGCGCACGCGCCUCGGCCAGCGUGUUUGACGCGGACUUGGGCGAGCGAAUCCUCGGCAAUCUCGUGCUUCUCAUCAGCCUCGUUCUAGACUCUUUCUCGGUCUCCAGGCAAGACCAAGUUCUCCUGCAGCGUCACCGCCUCUGCCCGUACACCCUGAUGCUUGCGAGCAGCGUGUACGGUCUGCUGUUCUCCCUUCUCCUUUGUUUCUGGUUUGAGGGUGCUUCCGGAUUUCGUUUCUUCCUCGCAUCAGUGGUCGCGGCCUCUGGCGCCUCUGGGCCCGCUUCGCCUGCCUUCUUGUCUCCGACUCGCCGCUUCACCGCCGGCUUCCAACACCUGCCGUCUGCCCCAGCGGGAGAAUCUCCGGUCGCCAACUUGGCCUGGGCAGCCGGCGAGGCCCGCGACGGCAGGGCGCGCGCAGGUGUCUCCUUCCUGUCUCUUGUGUCGCUCUCGCCUUUCGCCUGCGGCAUCGUCGUCGCGGUGGGGAGCGCUGUCUCGCAACUCUGCGGCAGCCAGUGCAUGCGGCUCGUAGGCGCUGUGUCCACCUCGAUCCUCUCCACACUGCGCCGCGUCGCGCUUGUCUUCGUGGCGCUGCUCCUCCAGAGAGAGCCAGUGCCUUGGCUAGCUGGGGUCGCCGUCACCAAUAUCUGCGUAGUUGCGGACGAGCUGUCGUCGCCGUGCUCCUUGCGCUCGGUGUAUCCAGCGUCUCCUCUCCCUUUGUUUGCAUCUGCGUCCUGUCUCCAAGAGAGCGGUCGCUGUUGGGCUGAGGGCGCCCAGACCUGCAGCGAGGCGUCUCCAACUCUCUCGGUUUUCGUGGCGACAGGGGAAGCUGGAUUGAGACAAGGCUUCACCGGCGACGACUCGCCGCGGGGCCUUUCAUCCUUUGCUUCGCGCCUUCCUUCGCUCUCUUCUCCGGCUUCAACUUGCGAGGACGGCAAACAAGGCAGCCCCACUCUUGGCGGCACCAUGUCGACAGCCGCCCACAGCGAUGACGGCGACGAGAAGGGGAAACGCAGUGCAUAG